CGGUGACGCCUUUUACACCCCAUCAAUCAUUGUUCCCUGAUAAAAAGAAAGAUAUCGUAUUCAAUACUAUAAUCAUUUGUUUCAGUGUAGCCAAUCAAAAAAAAAAUUAAAAAAAAAAUUCCUCGGAGUUGGAAAGUGAUCCCUAAUCAAUUUUUUCUUACACAAAUUAAAUAGAAUCAUAGUCCAAUUAAAUUCCUGCUUCACCUCAAAAUAAGAAACGCAUUUAACAGUACAGACAUUUCAUAAAUUUCCCAGGGAUGAAGGAGAAAAGGAUUAGUAAGUGAGAGCUGAUAUAAGGUAUAUAAGCUAUCCAUCAUCAUUCUGUUAAUGAAUGCAUCACUUUCCAACUGACAGCACUCUUUCACAUUAUUUUGGCUCUCAACUAUUGUUUCUCCUUCCUUCUUUCCUCCCUCUCUAUUUUAUGUUUUAGUACUAAGAUUUUUAACCUACGUGGUAUAGUGUGUCUCAUUUCUUCAUAAUCAUCGUAUAAUUGAAUCCUCCUUCCAUAGCUCAGCCCCCACACUCCCUUCUUAAUUAGCACAGUGUACACACGCACAACCAGGAAAAAAAAAAAAAAAAAAAAAAAGGAACUGAACUUUGUUGACUCUGAAAUCAAACAGAGGGAUCUCUGGGAAUACAAAGUAUGAUCGUCGUGGGGGAUCGAAGCCUCGAAUUUUCAGAGUGGUGGCGGCAUAAUUAAGAAGUGUAGCUAGUUAGGUCAUGACUCCGGCGACAACAACAACAACAACAACAAUGGCUUUCUUCCCCGCCAAUUUCAUGCUACAAACUCCUCACCAUGAAGAAGAUCAUCAUCAUCAUCAGCCUCCGACUUCCCUCCUCAACCCACAAGAUUUUCACGGUGUGGCAUCGCUGCUAGGAAAGAGAUGUAUGUCAUUUUCUGGGGUGGAAGUUUGCGAUGCAGAGAAUCAUAACAAUAAUACGAAUAAUAGUCCUCAGGUGGGGGAGGAUGAAUUGAGUGAUGAUGGAUCACUUCAAAUGGGGGAGAAGAAGCGGAGGCUGAAUAUGGAACAAGUGAAGACACUGGAGAAGAAUUUCGAGCUGGGCAACAAGCUGGAGCCUGAGCGCAAAAUGCAGCUGGCCAGGGCACUUGGGCUUCAGCCCAGACAGAUCGCCAUUUGGUUCCAGAACCGAAGAGCCCGCUGGAAGACUAAGCAGUUGGAGAAAGAUUACGAAAUUCUCAAGCGCCAGUUUGAUGCGGUUAAAGCCGAGAAUGAUUCUCUUAAGUCCCAGAACCAGAAACUCCAUUCCCAGAUAAUGGCACUGAAAAAUAGGGAACCGACGGAAUCAAUAAACCUGAACAAAGAAACCGAAGGAUCCUGCAGUAAUACUAGGAGUGAGAACAGCUCAGACAUCAAGCUGGACAUAUCCACCAGCUGCAGAACCCAAGCCGGCGCCGCCAUUGAUAGCCCACACCCUCCAGCUCCGACGACGAGCACCAGCCGAUCCCUGUUUCCGACCAACCCUGCCACGUCCAUCAGGCCGCCGCCUCAUCAUCAGGUGGUCACCACUCAGUUCUUCCACAACAACCCAUCCAGAUCAGAUCAAAACGUCAAGGAAGAAAGCUUGUGCAAUAUGUUCGGGAUUGAUGAUCAGGCCGGAUUUUGGCCCUGGCUGGAGCAGCAACAUUUCAAUUGAUCACGACUAGUACUAUUUACUACAACUACUAGUAAAAAAAAAAAAAAACAUGGUCCUUGUUACUCCAUCCAAUUAAUAUCCUCUCCAUCCUUAUUCAUCAUUUCUUCCAUGUUUCAAUCCAAAAGAUCAGAGAGAAACGCGGGCGGCAAAUAUGGGGCUACACAGUUUAUUAAAUCAAUUAAUUGGGAUAUAUAUGAUCCAUCACCAAGGUCACCAAGAUGUGACACAAGUAUAUCUGCAUUUAUUUGCAUGCUUUUUUUUUUUUACAAAAUUAAAUUCCUUUGUUUUUUUGUUAUGGUACUUCAUUAAUUAGGCAGCUGUCUGUAAAGUGUAGCAAAAAAAAAAAAAAAACCAUUUCUUCAAUCUAGGUGUCAAUAGUGGAAUGAAGGAGAAGGAGGAGGAGGAUCGGACUAGGAACACAAGAUACACCACAAUCAAUAUUUGGUGCCAUUUCUUCUCAAAAACUCACAAAUUAAAAAGGGGAUGGAAGAAUCUCUCUCUACGUUGAAUUAUUGUAAUUGCUAGUGAUUUUGAUUGAGCAUUAUUACUCGCUAGCAUAAACCAACAGAGUGCUACUUCCUAGCCUUAAUUACACUGUAAAUUACUCUUUUUUUUUCCUCUUCUUCGGAAUGUGUAGUUACCAUUUUGAGGGGUUACUUUACUUAUCAUCAGUCAAAAAUGUUGAUAUCGUUUUCAUAGUUUUGCUUUAUCUAGCUAUAAAUAGAUAGAUGAUCCUAAAUCCAAAGCAUCUACGGCCGGGGAACCCUUUUUUUUUUUUUUGUUUUUUGGUUGUAAGUGUAAAAUGAUGAUUAUGUAGAGCAACGGUUCAAAUCAAGAUCGGAACGAAAUUUGCG